GCCGCUUACGCUCAGUAUCAAGCUACCUUGCAAAAUCAAGCAAAGACGAAAGCAGUCUCCAUGGAGGGGUUCAGCUGGGGCAACUACAUCAAUAGCAAUAGCUUUCUAGCAGCUCCGGUUACCUGUUUUAAACACGCACCAAUGGGGACCUGCUGGGGUGACAUCUCAGAAAACGUGAGAGUAGAAGUUCCCAAUACAGACUGCAGCCUACCUACCAAAGUCUUCUGGAUUGCUGGAAUUGUAAAAUUAGCAGGUUACAACGCUCUCUUAAGAUAUGAAGGAUUUGAAAACGACUCUGGUCUGGACUUCUGGUGUAAUAUAUGUGGUUCCGAUAUCCAUCCAGUUGGGUGGUGUGCAGCCAGUGGGAAGCCCCUUGUCCCUCCUAGAACUAUUCAGCAUAAAUAUACAAACUGGAAAGCUUUUCUAGUGAAAAGACUUACUGGUGCUCCCUUACCCUUAAUGCACCACAUUGGUUGGUCUCGAAGCAUAGGCCAUCGAUUCAAAAGAUCUGAUAUUACAAAGAAACAGGAUGGACAUUUUGAUACACCACCACAGUUAUUUGCUAAGGUGAAAACCAGAGAGAGAUUGAGACUGGUGUACGAAGAGAGUGAAGACAGGACAGACGACUUCUGGUGCCAUAUGCAUAGCCCCUUAAUCCACCACAUUGGUUGGUCUCGAAGCAUAGGCCAUCGAUUCAAAAGAUCUGAUAUUACAAAGAAACAGGAUGGACAUUUUGAUACACCACCACAUUUAUUUGCUAAGGUGAAAGAAGUAGACCAGAGUGGAGAGUGGUUCAAGGAAGGAAUGAAAUUGGAGGCUAUAGACCCCUUAAAUCUUUCCACGAUAUGUGUUGCGACCAUUAGAAAGGUGCUGGCUGACGGCUACCUGAUGAUCGGGAUCGACGGCUCGGAAGCAGCAGACGGAUCUGACUGGUUCUGUUACCACGCGACCUCCCCUUCCAUUUUCCCUGUUGGUUUCUGUGAAAUUAACAUGAUUGAACUUACCCCGCCCAGAGGUUACACAAAACUUCCUUUUAAAUGCUUUGACUACCUCAGGGAAACUGGCUCCAUUGCAGCACCAGUAAAACUGUUUAAUAAGGAUGUUCCAAAUCACGGAUUCCGUGUAGGAAUGAAAUUAAAAGCAGUAGACCUCAUGGAGCCACGUUUAAUAUGUGUAGCCACAGUAACUCGAAUUAUUCAUCGUCUCUUGAGGAUCCAUUUUGAUGGAUGGGAGGAAGAGUACGAUCAGUGGGUAGACUGUGAGUCCCCUGACCUCUAUCCUGUCGGGUGGUGUCAGUUAACUGGAUACCAGCUGCAGCCUCCAGCGUCGCAGUCAUCAAGAGAAAGCCAGUCCGCUUCAUCAAAACAGAAGAAAAAGGCUAAGUCCCAGCAAUACAAAGGACAUAAGAAAAUGACCACUUUGCAGCUGAAGGAGGAGUUGCUGGAUGGGGAGGAUUAUAACUUCCUCCAGGGAGCAUCUGAUCAGGAAAGCAAUGGUUCUGCCAACUUCUACAUCAAACAAGAGCCCUGA